UGGUCGUGGACAUACAAAUGGUUCCAACGUUGUGUACGUUGGGUUUAGCUCGGCGCAGGUGGGGGAAGUGGGGGAGACUGGCGUAUUCUAUGGGCGGGGCUUUUGCCAGCUGGCAGAUGUUUCCCGCGCGGCCGCGCCAUUCCUCUAGCGUAAACCUACGCGACGCGAAAGUAGUUCCUUCGUAACGCGUUAAAUAUUUCUAACAAUAGCUCGCCGAGGAUACGGCUAGGUGUACCCAGUUAUCUGCCACGAACCGAGUGGACGACCAGCGUUCAACUACCUGCAGGAAACCGUGGAAACUCUGCGUGAAACCGAAGAUGAGCUAUUGCGGGAUUGGUCCAAAGAGAGUCGUCGACCAGGGCAGAGCACGCCGUACCGUUCACCCCAACCGUGUCCACUGAACUUUCCGCGAGUGCAAAUAGUUGUCGAGUUGUGAAUCUUCGCGCACGUAGUGUCUGUGUGCUCGGUGACGAUACCGUACCUCUUCUCGACACAGAGGAUUAACCAAUACAUUCAUUCGUGGUCUAUCGUUGCCAAAGUUCGCGAGUGUCGAUCAGAGAUGGGAAUAACGAGAAUCUAGAUGAAGAAAAAUAUCGAACGAAGAGUUAAAGCUAACCUAUGAUGCGUUGUUCGCUUCGAUGAAAAAGUACAGUGGGAGUCGUAAAGUGUCGAUAUUAUUUCAGUAGGAGAAAUAACUGUUCGAGUGAAUUUUGCGAACGAAUUUCAGUCUAUUCGAGUAAAAUUCUGGCCGUCUCUGUGCUACUCGAAUCGGAGUGUUCCAGGAGGGAACAAGUUUAGCAUGUGCCGCCACGUGAUCGAUUCGACGGAGCAUUUUCAGGCGAUCGUGUUUCGUCUAGCAACGAGUUUCACUGGGAAAUUCGAGAUCGUUGAUUCAUGCCAUCCGCGUGCUCGUGCAUCGAUUGCAGUCGGUCCGAGUGAUCGAUAUAUAGUGCGCCAACGUUGAAGAAAAAUCUUGGUGUCGCGCGUAUGCGUGGUAAAAAUAGAUCGUGUCACGAGUGGGACAAAUUUUGUUGGAAAAAAUUGGAAGCGAGGGGUGCCGACGCGGAGCGAAGGGGCGCCAGAGGAACCAUAGGCGGCGACGGCCCUGAAGCCGGCGGCGGAGUGAUUCGCGGUUCGCUGUGGGGGCCCUCAGCUGUUUCCCGCCAAAGAUCGCCAUUACAAAACGCGUUCGGGCGUUGUGUGUGCGCCGCGCGGAGUGGCUGUCCCGUGGACAAAUCUCGGUGCGUGCCACCGGCGGUAUAAAAUAUUAAUUACGAGUUCCGGUAGAAUUGGUGUGUCGUAAGGCCCUGAGGAGGUGCGCGUUUGUUUUUAGGGUGGAGUGUGCGAGGUUAAGCCCCGUCGUCUUUUUCGCUGCCGCCGACGACGGCUGCUGUGGGACGUGGAAUCGCGCGGCGGGAUUCACAGUGCUACGGACCAACGAGAUAUGUCAGUGUUUGGUAGUGAGGAUCGAAUUCUGCUCGAGGAAAUCGUCGAAUCCGCCGAGGAACAGGAAGUCAAUUUGUGCGGAAGCAUCGGAACGGUAGAGGAGGGCUCGGUGACCACGAGCGUGACGGUCGCCGAGGUUGCUGAUUCGCUAGAGCAACAGCAACCGCAAUCGAAGAGCAACGGCGCGAUAUCUCGCCGUGUUGCUGGUCAGAACGUUGCUCUGAGCAACGGCAACAGCACCAGCAACGUCGGCCGCGUAACGCCGCGUAGCCACAUGGAGCAAGAGAAGAGAAUGCGGCGAGAAAUCGCCAACAGUAAUGAACGACGUCGUAUGCAAAGUAUUAACGCCGGUUUCCAGUCGCUGAGGACGUUGCUGCCGCAUCACGAGGGCGAGAAACUGUCUAAGAGUUCCUGUUGUACUUACUUGGUGCAUCCACCAACUAUCACCAUUCGACAGUUCCUUGUAAAGUCACGUAACGCGGAGGAUACCCGACAGCAUCGAAGUGUGGGACACGUGUCCUCAUGGAUAUCCGCCGUACGUUAACGCGCAAAAUCAGCUGUUGGUUCGCAGUGGCAAUUACGAGUCACCACGCAGCACUCGAGAUUCUUGUUCCGACAGACACACAUGCUCGUUGUGUGCUCACCUUUACCGCUCUCGUAAACGCACCUUUAGCGGUCAACAAUCGUAGAAAUUCUUUAUGCGUCGUAACCACGGUCGUUACCCUCGAUAUAAGGUCAUUAGUGUGUGUUUUAGCGACCGCUGUUUUUCUCACGAACGAUGCAGGUUCUUUUGGCGCGAAUCGACGACUUUCACUGAUUCCUGGAAAGGAUUUCCGCGUGUUAGGUUCAGGGAUCCCAGUUGACCACAUCUCGCACGACUUAACCUUUGCCUGAUUUACUUCCAACUAUCUUUCGUAUUCGAAACGAAAAAGUAAUCGAAUUAGCAGUAUCGUGUAAAGUAUCUGCGAAAUUCUUCCUCUUUUCGAGUUCCACGAAGAAACUUUUUAUCGGUAUUGAAUUGCAUGAACUUGCACUAUUUGUGGUGGAAAAACAGUGUUAUUCGUAGAGCGAUUAUUGGCCGGUAUCUUGUUAUGAUAAAUAGACUUGUAAAAAGGAUGCAAAAAAAGGCAAUGAUCGGCUAAUAAAAGCAAUUUACUGCUUUAUCAAAUUAAUGCCAGGUAAAUACAACGAAGGCUCGACACUGUUCUUCCGUGCUGCACCGUGCGCUUUAUUUUUGUUCCUGAUUGUGCGACUCGUUAAUAAAUGAAGCAGGUAGUCUGUAAAAUUUUUAAUUGAAGUUUAAUGCCUGCUGUGAACAGGCACGUACUAUAAUCGUCGGACUCGUUCACGUGCACGUUGCAUCGCGGGUGUGCGCGUACUUUCGCAAUGCGAUAUUUCGCGAACCAGUCCUCGGGCCACAUGGUUCAAUUCCCACGCAUUUCUCUUAAGGAGAUCGCUCCGUCCCUUUUGUUCUUACGCUUGAUCCCCUUCCGUCGCUGCUGGUCCUCCUCUCCCGUUUUCUCCCUUUUUUAUUCUCCUUUUCCUUGCAUUCGGCCUCGCCUGCCUCCGUCUUCAGCUCGGUCCCUUCUUUCUUGACACUCGCCCGACGAAGGCCAACGAAUUUUGCGAAGCCCUGGCCCACUAAGAAGCAUUCUCCGUCGUACCGCCUCUUUGGUGGCUCCCCUUCGCUGCGCCGCGAAUAUUAACGAGACCGAUCUCCAAAUACGAACCAUCCCGCUCCUUUUUGCCUCUCUGCUCGUUACAGCAUCCACUCGGUGGCCAGGGCGACUUCUUAUUAAUCGAUCACGCGACGCUCGCGGGUAAUUUCGAUUCUAGGAACGAAAAGGAACUCGAAAGUAAAAACGAAAACUUCGUAGAAACGCAGUUUACGGAGCGCCGAUAAUGCAACUAUUUUUUGGCUCGGGUGUGAAACUAUUUUGGAGCUGAGAAUCUUUAAAAAAAAUUGCAUAGUGGAAAAUCUGCGAAACAGUAACAGAUAAAUCGCCUUCCAUGGAAACAAAUCAAUUUCUGAAACGAACUUUACUUUCCAGAACGAACACGCAACGUCCGAGAUAAAUAAUUGGUAUUUUCAUAUUCCAAACCGUGCACCUUUCACGUCGAACGGUGGGAGUUGAAUUAUCCGUAUUGAUAGCGUUAUCGUCGCCAGCACCUAGAGGGGCUACGCGAACCGAGUGCCGUGUCUUUCGUAGCUGCAGCGUAUUGACAAAGAAGCAAAAGGAGCGCAAAUGAGCACAGACGCCUCGACCCAUUUUCAUUUAGCGCUCGCCAGACAAAAAUAAAAAUAAACCGCGCCUCUCUUCGGUGCGCCUUUUAACGAAACUUGGAUCGGACCUACUCCGUUGCGUGGGUAGGGGUUGUUUCGCACGCAUAAUCGUGCUUUUGCCCGGUACGAGAUCGUUUUCUGAUACUCCGCGCGACACUUUUCAACGUCCUUCUAGGCUGUUUAAUUAAACAUUUCUACUUAACCCAUUUGCGUCGCACGGAGAAGUGGAAGAUUCGUUCUUGUCACCAAUAUUUCACUUCAAUUCCUAACGAUGGAAAUGGGUUAAAUGUGCUCCGUUCCUUUGAAAGAUAGUUCGAUUCUUCGAUAAAGGGUAAAGUUUCUCGUAAUGUCUGCGUGAUUAAUUGCAAUAAACUGUUUAUAUGAUCGUCCAGUCGUUAUUGUUUAUCCUUAAUUUC